AACCAUCACCGCCGUCUACUUCAUCCUCUUCUCCGCCGCUGUUGCUCUUCUUGAGUUCCAGAUUCCUCCCCAGGUCUCUCGAUAUGGCUCCUUCCUCUUCUCCUUCAUCGGCCGCGGUGCUUUCUACAUCUUCAUCGGCAGCUUGAUCCUUGGCAACAGCGUCUGGUCCAUCAUCACCGGCUCCAUUGUCGGCCUCACUGGUCUGGCCUACGUCGGCCUCGAGUUCGUCCCUUCGAUCGAGCCCCCGCCAACAUGA